AUGUUUUCUUCCCCCUAUUUAGGAGAGGAGUCGCACGCCUAUCGUAAAAAAAUUGAGCUGAAGCUUGUCCAGGUGCAAGUUUUCUUCCGUCAUGGGGCACGAACUCCGCUUCACUAUGUGAAAUCCCCUCUGACCGAUGUGCUAUGGAGUUCGGAUUGCACCAAGGACGCUCCUGAAGCUGUCAUUCCCAUCAAGCAUGUUGACAUCUCUAAGGGUACACUGGUGGAUGAAAGCACCUAUGAUUUGAUCUACAGGCCGAUACACUUGCCGGGUGGUGAGGCAAUCGGCAUGCUCACAACAGCGGGUCAAAAGGAUCUAUACAAUUUAGGUAGUCGCCUGCGCAAGGACUACGUUGGCGGCGAGAGCAUUCUUUCCAAUCCUCCCAAGCUUUCGGAAAUUGAAGCUCGAUCUACUCGUGUAGGACGCAACAUCAAGUCUCUUCGCUCCCUCGUGGCCGGCUUGACCAAGGGUCAAGUAAAUGGCCCUCUCGUGGUCUCCUCUAUGGCGUUCGAAAAUGAGGUGCUCUUUCCAAACCCCAAGACCUUCACGAACGUGCCCUUUGAUGAGGGCACUGAGGAGUUGCGGAAUGACUCUUCUCUAUUCGCAUUGAAGAAGAAGAUUAGGGAGGCUCUGAAGGUUGAUAGGCUCGUAGACGAAUUGGACAAUGAUGAAAAGAAGUACUCGAAGGACUGUCAGGUCUACUACGUGAGAGAUGACUACAUUGCACGCAAACACAACGGAUUCCCCAUCCCAGAGGCGUUGGAUGCUCUCCAAUCGGAGAUGGAUCACUACGGUGCGGUAGAAUUGCUAAGUGAACUCCUUGGAAAACGAGAAGAUUGGGUAGCAAAUUUGCCUGUCAACAUUGGACCGGUCCUGUACAUCAUCCUCUCUAAGAUGCACAAAUAUGCCAGUAUUCCACCGUUGCAAUUGUUCGCGGUUCAUGACUCCACUAUCCUUCCCAUGCUCCUGACUCUCGAUUCCUGUGACGAGAUGUGGCCGCCUUUCGGCGCGGACAUUACUUUUGAAUUGUACAUCCAGACUCUGGGUCCCUCGUACCAUCGCGCACACCUGAACGACGCGCUAGUCUAUCCGGAUGACGCACCUCACUCCCACCUUGAUUGGUCUACUAUGCAAGCGAGCCGUAUGUGGGUCAGAGUGUGCUACCUCGGUCGUCCACUACCUCUAGCCUCGAUGUGGUGUGCUGGAGAUGAUGCAGUGCAGCAGUUGACUGGCUCAGAGGAGUACGUGCCAUUGCUAGACUUUGUGGGCAAGUUGACUCCUCUGGCGCUGUCAAUGAAGGAUUUUCAGGCCAAAUGUCAGACUUUUGCGGUGAAGGCGAACCCGGGAGGCGUGAAGGAGGUGAAACGAGGCCCGAAGAAUUUAUUGCUAAAUAAAGUCACCCCGGAUAAUUUCUUUAGUUCAGUGAAAGGUAUCCUAGCUAUCCAUGUCGAGUCACCAGAUGUCCUUGAAGUUUUCGUUCAGCUGAUUUUUCAGAAGGCUGCUAAUGAGCCCAAUUUCACUUAUCUUUACUCACAACUUUGCGUGGUUCUUUGUGAACGAGCGCGUAACUUUGAACCUGAAAACGCUUAUUCCACCUUCAAACUCCUCCUUCUCAAGCGUUGUGAAAAUGAAUUCUUUAAGCGUCAAAGUAUUGAUUUCACCAAUUCAGUCGCGCGCCAACGUUGCAUCGGUGCUGUGCGCUUCAUUGCCCACUUGGGUUACAUCAAGGCUAUACCGGAUAAGAUACUCCACGACUGUGUUAAAGCCCUCCUCCUGUGUAAACAAACCGGAAAGUCUGAUGGGCUGGCAUUGCCACCGCCCCAGGAGGGUACUAGUUCUACUACAGUCUACCCGAAGGAAAACGAGCAUGUCGCCUUGGACAUGGAAUGCCUAUGUGAAUUCAUGAAAAUAGCCGGAUCCUAUAUGGACUCGCCAAAGGCGCGCAACUUGAUGGACCAGUACUUCGAGCGUAUAGCGCAAAUUGUGGAGCGUGCUUCGCCGGAGCGCAUGCGAAAGAGUUGCUCUGAAAGGAAAUUUAUCCCUCUGAGCACGCGCACUCGUUUCAUGUUGCUGGACAUCAUUGAUCUGCGCAAAAACAAGUGGAGGCCGCUUUUUGAAGGUCAAAUUGCUGAUUACGAUCAACCCUGGCUUCUACCGGAUUUGCGAGAAGCGAUCGAUAGGGGAUCAAAUAGCACCUCCUCACGGAAUUGCGCAUCUCGGACCGCUCCCGGGAGUCGCAGCGUCCUCGGCCACUUUCCAGGUAUUCUUGAGCCCGAGGGGGACUGGACCACACUCAACCAGAUGGGCAAGGCACUCUGUUCACGUGGCAAAGACAUCGACCUCUUCUCUAGCACUGACUCCGCUUCUCUGAGCACCACCAGCCAUCGCAACCGGGACAGUGGCUACAGCAGUGGCGGUGGUGGUGCCAACACUUCUCACAACCGCACAGCCGCCUCUGCUGGCAGUUGUGGCAGCAAUGAUGGAAACUAUGGUGUGAGUAAUGAGUGCAGCGGAUCAUGGACUAGACGCCGUUUCGCUGAGAGGCGUCCUUAUCGAUCUCAUCAGAGUCCGAAUUUGGGGAAUCUCUACUGUCAAGGUCGUACAGCAGCAGUUGCGGGGCUGAACAGUGCGUCGCUUUUCGAGUCGGAGUGCUUGCAGUCUGCACAAAAGGCAUCGGAGAGUCAGGGAGCGUCGACUUCGUGUGCCUCAUCGGCGGCGGUGACACCAGCAACGCCAAGUCCCGAUUUGGAUGCAAUGAUGACGGGACGGACGGAUGUAAGACAGUUGACGGGAGGACUAUGGAGACCGCCGGUUAUGCGGCCUUCGCCUCCACUACCACGACAGCAGCUGCACCAUGCACCACCGGCUGUGAUUACGUAUGUGGAGAAACAGGCGCCAAUUGAUGAAAAUAAAGAGGCUGCGAGGACUGUGAUUGGGAUUCUCACAAAGACCAAAAGUAUUCAGGAGGCAAUCGAUCAACUCAAAGCAAGGGAUCUUCUUUCUCGCCUAAAUAGGGAGGUCAUUCUAAAAAGCAUUCUCCUUCUCUCUGAUGCCACCUCUACUAUCUAUUCUAUGGAUCGUCAGAGCAAGCACACGGCCUGCCAACUCGCCUCCCUCCUACAAUACUCCCAGUCGCAACCACAAUCGGAUCACAUCAUCACAGCUCUCGACUCCGCUUGGCCCCGAGUGCUCCAGUGCCUCAGCGCCGCUUCGCCCAAGACUGCGUUGGCUUUCCUGACCGCACGACUCAUCCUCACUGGCUGUCUGUCCCUAACUAGGGUGGCCGAACCCCUGUCUUCAGGGCGUCAUCAUCCUCUAUUCUUGCUCAUCCUCCAGCAGCUUGCGCAAAUGGCUGCGUCAAGGGCGUCUCCAGGCCAGUUUCUUCGCAUGCAAGAUGAGGAAAAUGAAAAUAAGGCCUUUCAGCAAGUAGAGGAUGGGGACUUUAUUCCCGAGGGUGUGACUCUUGCUGAAAGCUCAGUGGACAGGAGGGCACAGUUAGUGAAGAUGUUUGCAGAGAGUAAUGUGGUGCUUGAGAAGAUGCUUCCAGAGGGCAGCCAGUCACCGAAGCGGAUGCUUGAACUCCUUCAAGAACGCGGUAUUGACUUCUUCCUACCCUGCUUUCGCCUUGUUGUGGAGACUCUUUGUCCCCUCCUCACAAGUGGUGAGGAUCUGCGUACCUUUGCUAACCACGUGCCUAGUCUCAAAGGUCACCUAAGUGCCGAGGUGGUGCACAGUCUCAUGGGCGCCGCGUUUGAACGCGCUCGAGUGGCUGGAUCUAGCGUCACGUCAUCUACCGACAGGGAUGAAGUCGAGGAGGCAGAGGCGGCUGAAUGGUGUGCGAUGAUUGCGGAGGGUCAUUUGCAUAGAUGUGUGCUACCAGAACGCCAGAUGGACGUAUUGCAUGCGUUGCAAGUCUUUUGGAAUGACAAGGGCAAACCAAAAGGUUUUGUGUUGCGGUGCUUCCAAAACCUCUACGAGUUCGAUUUGGUCGAGAAGGCGGCAUUUCUGGCGUGGCGUGAAGAGGUGGACCAAAACUACCCGGCCAAGGGGCAAGCUCUGUUUGAGGUCAUGCGAUGGUUGCAUUGGCUGGAAACAGUCGAGGACGUUGAUGAAUCCGACGACAACGCAGGUGGCAAUGCCGGUGGACCUGAAAUUGCGGCUCAAAGUGGAGGCACUGACAAGUCAACUGUUGACUACGUGAACGGUGGUGACAGUGCUGAUGGUGUCGCCGACGCUUGA